AUGACUGUUUCAUAUCAUGAUGGACACCCCGAUGAGCAUACUACUCAGGUGUCAGCCAGUUCGGAAGGUCGAUCAUCACACGUGAUGAAGGCUGUUAUAUUCAAAGAAGUUGGAUGUAUAGAGGUUGUUGAGCGACCCAAGCCUGACAUCCAACAUCCUACGGAUGCUAUUGUAAAGGUACUUCACACAAGCAUCUGCGGCACGGACCUGCAUAUCAUGCGUGGUCAUGUACCAACGUGUACACCAGGUCGCAUUUUAGGACACGAAGGAGUUGGAAUCAUCGACGCUCUAGGACCUGGGGUUACCGGCUUGGAAUUAGGCGACCUUGUUUUGAUUUCCUGUAUCUCAGCAUGCGGCACAUGUAAAAGGUGCCGUGAGGGAAUGACCUCGCAUUGCGUGCAAGGUGGCUGGAUAUUAGGACACACAAUCGACGGGACCCAGGCUGAAUAUGUGAGAAUUCCACAUGCUGCAUACUCCCUUUACCUUUUGCCUCCCACUGUUGAUUCACAGACUGCGGUUGCUUUAUCUGAUGCUUUCCCUACGGCAUAUGAAUGCGCUAUUCUUCCAGGAAAAAUGCGACCUGCAUCGACCAUGGCAAUAGUAGGGGCUGGGCCUGUGGGACUGGCGGUGUUGAUCCUAGCACAGCUAUUUUCUCCGAAGCUAGUGGUAUUAAUUGGGAAAGGGGACCCCCGUCUGACCGCUGCAAUGCAGCUGGGGGCUGAUCAUGUACUCAGCUCCUCCCUGGGAAAUGUUGAAAUCACCGAGUCAGCCCUGGCAUUCAAUGAAGGCGAAGGGUUUGACAUUGUGGUCGAGUGUGUUGGGAUUCCUGAGACCUUUGAUCUUUGUCAGAGGCUUCUCGGAUUGGGUGGUGUCCUCACCAACGUUGGAGUACAUGGGUCCAAGGCAGACUUGCAUCUGGAAAGUCUUUGGUCAAAGAAUAUAUCCAUUACAAGUCGUUUGGUGGAUACAACUACACUGAGCCAUUUGUUGAGCUUGUUGGAGAAGGGCAAAAUUGAUCCGGGUCUAUUGAUAUCUCACCGAUUCAGCUUCGAUGAUAUUAUGCAAGCUUAUGAAGUUUUUCAACUCGGCUCCUCCAAAGAUGUACUGAAGGUUAUCAUCAGUAUGAACUAG